AAGCCAACUGGCAAUGUCAGAAACUGUGAGAACUGACAAGAGCAGUUCAAAGAACAGUUAUGGUGACCCACCAAAGAUCAAUAUUAGUCUUCCAGAGAUAUGUGAACUAACCCAGAGUUCUAAACGCUGGGAGAAUGUUCAACUCCCAAUUGACAUUCUGUUGUUAACAGUGAAGGACUGUGAGUUCUUAAGUUGCUACCAUUACAUUAAUGAUCCAUUCAGAAGCUAUUUUAAAGGGCUUGGUCACAUAUACUUUGGAAGCAUUGGUGAUGAUCAAGAUGUUAAACUGAAAGUUGCUUUGAUGAAAUGCUCAAAGGGUUCUAAAGUUCCUGGUGGUGCUUUGACUGUUGUAAAGAAUGCUGUCACUCAGCUGAGGCCAAAAGCUGUCUUUUCUGUGGGCCACUGUAUUGGUGUGAAUCAGAAAUCAACAAAGCUGGGGGAUGUGGUUGUAUCAGAAAAGCUCACAACCCUUUCCUAUCCGAAAAUUUCAAAGGAUGGAAAGAAAUUUUGUGGAUUCACAACUCCCAUAAGCAGAGACAUUGCUGCUGUUAUGCAAUAUGCAGGUUAUGGUUGGAAUCCACCCCUUGAAAAUCCUAAAGAAAGGAAAGUUGAAGUCCACUGUGGUGAGGUUCUGAGUGGUUCUGAGCCUGUACAAGCUGAAUGGCGACAAGAUGAACUAGUGAAGUCAUUUCCUGAAGCAAUUGCAAUUGAGACAGAAGGAGAGGGAGUUUUCAGUUUGGCACAUGAUCUGAAAACAGAGUGGGUUGUCAUCAAGGGUAUUUCAGGGUAUGCAGAUGGAACUGAAUCAAAAGAAAACUGGCAAACAUUUGCAAGUGUAACGGCAGCUUCUCUUGUUGUCAGCAUUCUAAACCAAUGCAGUAUUUUUGAAGAUUGGCCACAUUACAAAGGUAUUUCAACUGAUAGACAACAUUCAGCACUGAGUAAAGGAGUUCCGGGAGAGCCAUCCUGCUCAAGCGCCCAGUCUUCCGAACAGCAAGUUGUUUCGUCUACCAAAACAGCAGGUGAUAAAAGGAAGUCAUCAAACGAGUUAACAGACCAGGGCAUAAAGCUCUCAAAGCUUGAAGACUCGUCUGUAACGGGAUUUUUGAAAUGGUGCCAGAAUCAGUUGAGGGCGUUUUACAACACCAUGUGUCGAGUGAAAAUAACACCAUGGGACCCAGACAACACGGUACACAUUAAUGACAUUUACAUACAGUUAACGUUUUUACAAGACCACAGAAAACCUGACGGGACAACCAAAAAAAGACUGGGAGACAGCAGUGAAGUAUUUGAAGGUGACGAACAUCAUCCCAUCCGUAGACGAAUUCUAGUGUAUGGAAGACCUGGAAUAGGAAAGUCUACUUUCACUCAAAAAGUAGCUGUGGAUUGGGCAAAUGGCAAAAAGGAGAUUCUCAAAAAGUUCACUCUUUUACUGUUAAUCAGGUUACGAGACGUUUGUGAUAUUCCGGACCUCUGUAGCAUUUUGAAAACCGCUGAACUUUUGUCUGCUGAUGACCCGAUGGCAGUCGAUAACUUGUAUGAAUAUGUCCGUCAGAACCAGGAGAAAGUGCUGCUCAUUUUGGAUGGAUAUGAUGAGUACAGCGGUGGGAAAUCAUCUCCAAUUCACCAGAUUUGGAGAGGCGGGCAACUGAGAGACUGUUGCGUAAUGAUCACAACGUUGUCAGUGGAAGAGGAUGAGCUUAGAGUGCCAAGUCACGCCCAGUUUGAACUUAAUGGGUUCGAUAGCUUGAAACAGAAGAAACAGUUUGCAAGUAAGAUUCUUCCUGAUGAGAAGGACGUUAAAGGGCUACUUGAAUACCUGGAAGAGCAUGACCUCGAGGCGAUGGCAGAGAUUCCGCUACUAUUGUUGAUGUUGUGUCUUCUCUGGAAGAAGAAAAAGCAUCAAUCACCAACAUCUCGUGCGGAAAUUUACGUAGGAUUUAUUCAGACUCUCUGGGAUCAUAUGACAACUAAAGAAUCAGAAAACGUUGCAACAGAUAAAAGCAUAGAAGAAUAUCAAGAGGAACUUUGCAAAAUAGGAAAACUCGCUUUUGAUGCUCUUUUGGAGGACCGCCUUUAUUUAAACUUCAGCAAACUUCCGCAUGGUGAUUUCUUCGAGAAGCUUAUUCAUGUCGGUUUUUUCAAAGUUUCCAAAAUUUCCGCUUUGAACCGUGAGAAGAUCGUGUAUUUUCUUCACAAGUCCAUUCAGGAGUUUCUCGCCGCCUGGUUCAUCGUUCAAGAGGUGAAGGUUAAGAAGAAUGAAACCGUCACCUGCCUGUCGGGAAUGGAUACGUUUGAAAAAUCAAGGAAGAUGGGUGAAGUCCUAGAAUUCGUUUGUGAGUUGUCAUCAGAUGCUGUGGGCAUUGUUUUUGACCAUCUACAUUAUGUUGGAGAGAAAGAAGGUCUCACAAAUUACAAUUUUACUAGGACGCCUUCUGUCGAAGAUUUGUCUGAUGAACAAUACAAGUUUAUUGAACUCUGUGUCGAUUGUUUGUUCUGUUGUCCAGCCUCAGACAGACUAGCUGUGUAUUCUACAUUUCUCUCAUGUGUUAACCAUGUUGUAAUACUUAAUGAGAAACACUCGUCUACUGCUUCCAAAACGCACUUCUUCAAAUACACCACCAGCUCUCCAAAAUACUUAUUUUAUUCAGAUUGGGAGAGAAAAUAUGAUGGUCCUCUAUCCAUAUUGUUUGACUUGAGCGCGGUCGUUUUAACAUGCUCUGGAGAAAUUGAAGAUGUAAACAAAUACGCCGAUUUACGCGAUGCGGACUUGUUCCUCAAAAAGAGCGAAAAGAGAAACUUUAUCUAUCUAUAUCGCAUAACAGAUGCUGUAUUUCACUCUAAACUGCUUUCUGAAUUGAUACCAGCACCGGUUUGUUCGUUUCAGCUACCUGUGGAUAAUCUGGGAAAGAAUGAAGAUAAGAACAUUGCACUGUCUUUGACUGAGAACAGAUCUGACCAGAGACAACAACAUUGUUUGUCACUGGUGAGGGAGGUCAAGUUAUACAAGGUAACAAUUGAGGAGUUUGUUCUGUUGAAGAACUUGUUGCCUUUAUUAACAGCUCCUCGAAAUAUUGAUAUAUGGGGGAGCGUGACAGAUGCCUUGGAAGGUAAUUCCAUUGAAAGUGCGAUUCACGGAAUUAAUUUUACUUACAAUCUCCACAGUUUAAACCUUCGCAAUAUCAAUCCAACACCAAAGUGUGCUGUUUUUAUUGCUGAGUCACUGCACCACUCUCCAAACUUGCAUGAGCUCUGCUUGUCAUGGAACCCCUUACACAGCGGUGUAAGUCAUUUGGCUGAGAAUCUUCAUCACGCGCCACAGUUGACUGAUUUAGAGUUGCAGGAUGUACAAAUGGGAGAAAAGGAAUGUGCUGCACUGGCUGCCUCAUUACUGUACUUAAACAAUUUAAAAAGACUGAAUAUAGCAGACAAUGCACUUGGUCACGGGAUUAUUGAACUGGCCAAGAACCUGAACAGUGUACCCAAUCUGACUGAGCUGGACCUGUCGAAUACAAAUAUAGAGCUGAGCUAUCUUAGUCUAGGGUGCAAUCCACUUGGCAGUGGAGUCAGGGACCUGGUCCAGCAUCUCAGCUGUGUUCCUAAGCUGAAGUACAUGACCCUGUUCCUGGAUGGUGUUCAGAUGACAGAGACAGAGCUUAAAGAGUUGAUUACAACAGGAAAUAGAAGAAAUAUUAGAGUGUUCACCGAUUACCUUGUAAGUGUCUUUUUGAUGACACGUCGUCGAAAAGCUGAACUGAAAAAAAAAGGAAUAAUGUUCAGAAAAGAGCCAGGUGAUGAGGAUGAUGAUGACGAUGAUGAAGAUGAUGACGAGGAUGACGAGGAUGACGAGGAUGAUGAUGAUGAU